CAAAACAAUUUUAAAUGCAAUAGGCUCCCAAUCUAUUAAAAUAUGACGGAGCCAGCCAACGAGACCCCAGAUGCGGUGAUGGAAUCACCCGCAUCCCUGCCCAUCGCCUCCCAGUCCCUGGACUCGGCGGCCAUCGAAGAUUUGGAGGAGGACAAACCGGGAGCCAAGGGAAAGAAGAACAAGCCGAAGAACCCAAAGGGUCGCCACUCGGAAUCCGAUGUGGGAUCGGAGCUCAAGAAGCUGGCCCAGCGCAGGAUCAACGUGGCCGGAGCACCGAAGAUGCCGCUCAAUGGCUAUGUGAGAUUCAUGAACGAUCGCAGGGAGGAACUGCGUCGGGAGCAGCCAACGCGCACUGCUUUGGAGCACACGAGGAUCAUCGGCGAGGAGUGGCACCAGCUGCCCGAGGAGCGCAAGGUGCCCUACAUGGAGGCAGCCGCCAAGGAUAAGGCCAUAUACCAAGAGCAACUGCAAAUGUUUCUCAAGGAACACCCCGAAAUUGUGGCCAGAGAGCUGGCCAAGGCCAAAAAGGCCACCAAACUGGAGAGUUCGCCCAAGGAGAAGACGCAGAAGGGUGAAUCCAGCUUGGGCAAGGCGAAAAAAACCAAGGCAAAGGCGGCGGCGGCGGUAAAGCGGCAGAGCGAGGAUCCGGAUGAUGUGCCACUGGCCAAGGUGAAGCGGGCCCAGACUCCGCCGCCUGCUAACCCAACUCCUGCUCCCGUUCAUCCCCCUCCGAGCAGCGUGGCUCCACCACCGGCAGCACCCGCACCACGACCCCUGCAGCCCGGCGAGAUUCCCAUCUACACCAACGAGUUCAUCGAGCACAAUCGCAGCACGGAGAACGAGCUGCGGACGCUGCGCAAGGCCAAGACCGAUCUGGAGCAGCAGAACGCGGUGCUGGAGCAGCAUGUGGACAACACCAAGGCCGGCUACGCCAAGGUGAUGGGCGAGGUGACCGAGCUGAUGGAGGAGAACCGCCGCCUGGAGUCUUAUGUGCGCGGUCUGCGCCAGAAACUGGUGGCCGCCCUCGGCGGAAUCUUGCUGCCUCCGCUGGAGCCCAGCGGUCCCAGUGUGGGCAACAUUGACAAGUACAUACGGCACUUGGCGGGACUCGUUAGCCAGCCAAAUAAUGUCACCCUAAUCAAGGCUCGCGAAGCUCUGCGCAAGGUGGACACUAGCAGUCUGCUGAAGCCUUAA